AGCUCACUGCUUGAUUUAGGAGCAGUUCAGAUAAAAGCCAUGUCUUUUUCUGACUCACUGGAAUGUGCACGGCUGUGUUGCACAAAUGUAUUUUUUUGGGAAUGCAGUCUUGCAGGUAAUUAAUAGGUGUGGGCUCAGGUUAUGUGCCACACUGCAAUGGGAGGUAAAGGUGUAGCUGCAGAGGGAGCGGUGAGGAGCACAAACAGCCAGAGGGUGGAACUGACAGAGGGGGGCGAGGCUGUCACUGGAAAGGGAAAUGAAGGAGUAAGCAAGAUUGUUCCUGCAAAAACUGAUUCACUUUCACGGCUGGAAGGAGAGGAAGGCAGGCAUGGUUGGAGUUAAACCAGAGAAAGAAGCUAGGAAUCGGUGAGGGGGCAAACAGCAAGCCCAUCAGCAGCCAUUAUUUAUCUUCAUCUGUACGCCGAGACCACUGGAUAAUUUAUAAGCCUCCCCUCACUGUGUUUGAGAGGAGGGAAGAUUAGCUGAGCUCACCACCAUGCUGAGUCCUGCUGCUCUCAGUGCAGCAGCUGCUGCUGCUGUCUGCCUGCUGGCACUUCUGGGCCCAGGCCUGUCUCUUCCAGCUGAGCAGGACUCCGAGCCAGGCCUCACCCUCUGCGACGGCUCCUUCUACAGACAGACGCCUCCUCGGGGAGCCUCAGCUGAGCUGCCCCUGCACCGCCACUGCCACAGGCUGCCCGGGGGACAGGCGUUUGCCACUCUGUCCAGGCCGACCUGUGACACCACUGUCUGCUCUGCCUUUCAUCUAAGCCAUGGAUGGACAGGGAGAGAGGAGGAGCGUGAGGGGGAGACUGUGACAGAAGAAGAUGGUGCCAAAGCCACAGUUCCAGCUCUUCUCAAGGGAGGAGCAGAUCAGUCUGAUCCAAGCUCACCCAUAAACUCCCCUUUUCAACAGUGGGACUCAGCAGUGGCAGCAGUCAUCCAGUCUUGCAUCAUCCCCAAGUGUGCCGCUCUAGGAGGGGGCCUCUACAUCCUGACAGGAGCAGGACGACUCGGGGCAGCUGAGGAUGGAGAUGAAGACUGUCAGGCCAAACUGCUGUGGUCUGCAGUGUGCUGCUCUCCUCCAGAGGGGAAAGGCAGCUUCAGUGUAGGGUUAAUCAAAGAGACAGAGGAGGGAGAGUGGCAAGUGAGCAUGAAGGAGCUGGAGGAUAUGUUAGGGGUGGCAGAGAUAUUCUCUGGAGGCUGUGGGGGAGACAACAGGGAGACGGCUGCAGCCAUAGUGGGGCUUCCCAGUUACCAGCCUCAUGCAAACGCUGCAAAAGCUGAGGCAGAUGCAACGAAUGUGAUAUCAGAAACUAUUGACCCACAUGCAAAGGAAGACAUAAAGGAGGGCAGCAAAGUGCCUGAAGAAAGGUCUGCGGUUGAUGCUAAAUCACAGAAUGCUGAUGUUUCUGACCUUUCAGACGAAACCGUAACAGAAUCCCUACUUUCUGUGAGUAACAGCGAGCAGUCAUAUAGCGAACCUGUUACUGAAGAGGACUCAAACUCCUCCAGCACUUUGGUCUAUCUCCUGUCCACCACCUUGUCCAUCAUCAAGGCCCCUCUGCACCCCGUCUUCUCCACCAUCACAGAGUUUCCUGCACAGGUAACUUAUGUUCUUCAGGAAGAUCUGGGAAUUCUCUCCGCGCUGCCUGGUGACACCCUCACUCUGUUCCACCUCCUCAUCUCUGACCUUCUGUCCUGGAUGGGAUCAGCUGCAGAUAUGCUGCUCGGUAUUGGGGGGACCUGCUUCUCCAGUGUUUAUUUCUGCACCUCCUCAAUGGCAGAGGCCCUGCUGAUCAGCUGCCAUACUGGGUUAACAGGAAUGGGAACCCUGGCUGCAGACACAGUGGGCAUUUUUGGAGGCGCGCUGGAUAAUAGUUGGUGGGUGACCAAAUUUUUUGGAGGGAGGCUGUGGGAGCAGACUGAGGGCUAUGUGGGUACUGUGGUGUCUGAAAUGCAGGGUCAAGCUCAGGCUGUAGGUGGGGGUCUGGGCAGGCUGGCCUGUAGAAGUGGGAGUGGAGUGGGCAAUGUGUUCAGGGUGGGAGGGAACUUUAUAAUAGGGAUGUUGGAUGUGAUUUUAGGUGGAGUAAAGGAGGCGUUUGGGCAAGAAUCAGAGUAAAGGAUAAAAGGAUUAAAGCCAUAAAUAAAGUGUCUUUAUUCUGUUUUUGUUUAGAUUUUUCUAAUGCACCAUGGUUAAAAAACAACAAAAAAAAACACUGAUGUCAUUUGAUAUGCCUUGCAGUUUUUUUUUUUUUUUUAAUUUUUUUAGGUUUUUUUCUUCUAAAUAAAUGUAACAAAUUUUAAAUGUUGCACAUUGUUGAUCACUGUGGAAAAGCUGGCUGUCCAAAUAUCUUGCUGCACCUUCAGGUCUGAUUAAGAAAAACACACUGUUUUCACUGUGCUUUGGGAUGGAAAUGCUCAACUCCUGUGUUUGGUUUUAGCACCUGUACAGCUGAAUAAAGGAGAAUGCUUGCUUUCAAGACUUAACAUUUGCUUUUUAUUUUUUUCAAUUUUGUAUUUGUACAAGGGGAGUGUUGGACUUGUGGGUUAUAGCAGUGAGCUUGUGCUCUGAGAAGGUUGCAAGU